AUGGCGGUCGAUGAUUCAGACCAAUUACUUAUGGACGUCGAUCAAUUGGAUUUUUUAGACGACGGAACGGCGCAAGUUAGUGAUCACAAGAUUGAUGAAGAGGAACAAUUAUAUGAAAGGGACCCAGUCAGUGGGGUUAUCCUGGUUCCUAUGACUGUAAAUGAUCAACCAAUUGAAAAAAAUGGAGAUAAAUUGCCUUUGAAGUUCAUACUGGGGCCACUUUCCUACCAAAAUAUGGGAUUCAUAACUGCAAAAGAUAAAUAUAGCCUUUAUCCUGUCAAAAUUCCCAGAGUAGAUACCAGUAAAGAGUUUUCUACGUACGUUUCAGGUUUAUUCGAAAUAUAUCGUGAUUUGGGUGAUGACAGAGUGUUUAAUGUACCAACGAUUGGAGUUGUUAAUUCUAGUUUCGCAAAGGAGCAUAAUGCAACAGUAAACUUGGCUAUGGAGGCAAUUCUGAAUGAAUUGGAAGUAUUUAUUAGCGGCAUCAAGGACCAGAAUGGGAGAUUGAACAGAUUUUAUGAGUUAGAAGAAUCUUUAACCAUUUUGAACUGUCUGAGAACAAUGUACUUCACACUAGAUGGUCAGGAUGUAGAAGAGAACAGACCAAAAUUUAUUGAGUCACUGUUAAACUGGAUUAAUAGAUCAGACGGUGAACCAGAUGAAGAAUAUAUUGAACAAGUAUUUUCGGUGGAAGAUUCGACGCCCGAUAAAAAAGUAUUCGAAACACAAUAUUUUUGGAAGCUUUUGAAUCAGCUAGUAUUAAGAGGCUUGCUCCCCCAAGCUAUAGGUUGCAUUGAAAGAUCAGAUCUUUUACCAUAUUUGAAUGAUACAUGUGCAGUCUCAUUUGAUGCAGUAAGUGACUCUGUAGAACUCCUGAAACAAUAUCCAAAAGAUUCAUCCAGUACAUUUAGAGAAUGGAAAAAUUUGGUGCUAAAAUUGGGUCAGGCCUUUGGUAGUUCUGCUACUGAUAUUUCCGGUGAAUUGCGGGAUUAUAUUGAAGAUUUCUUGUUAGUAAUGGGCGGAAAUCAACGGAAAAUUUUGCAAUAUUCAAGGACGUGGUAUGAAUCCUUUUGUGGGUUUUUAUUAUACUAUAUCCCCUCAUUAGAAUUAUCAGCGGAAUAUUUACAAAUAUCACUGGAAUCUAAUGCCGUUGAUGUAACAAAUGAUUGGGAGCAAUCAUGCGUCGACAUAAUUAGUGGUAAGAUACAUUCUAUUCUACCGGUAAUGGAAUCUUUAGAUAGUUGCACAGCAGCAUUCACCGCUAUGAUUUGUGAAGCAAAAGGUUUAAUAGAGAAUGUGUUUGAGGGUGAUAAAAGUAUUGGUGAAUACGAUAAUGAAGAUAACGAAUUACUUGAGGAUCUAUUCUCUUAUAAGAACGGUAUGGCAUCUUAUAUGUUAAACAGCUUCGCUUUCGAGUUGUGUUCACUGGGUGAUAAGGAACUAUGGCCCGUUGCCAUUGGAUUGAUAGCUUUAUCUGUUACUGGGACGAGAAGUGCAAAGAAAAUGGUGAUUGCAGAACUGCUUCCACAUUAUCCAUUUGUUACGAAUGAUGACAUUGAAUGGAUGCUAAGCAUAUGUGUAGAAUGGAGAUUACCAGAAAUAGCGAAGGAAAUAUACACCACGUUGGGCAACCAAAUGCUAUCGGCACACAAUAUUAUUGAAAGUAUCGCAAAUUUCAGUAGAGCUGGCAGAUAUGAAUUGGUGAAGUCAUAUUCAUGGCUAUUAUUUGAAGCUUCGUGCAUGGAGGGCCGGAAGUUAGAUGACCCCGUGUUAAAUGCUAUUGUGAGCAAAAAUGCAGCUGCAGAGGAUGACGUUAUAAUACCAAAAGAUAUUUUAGACUGUGUAGUGACGAAUGCCAUGCGUCAAACUUUAGCGCCAUAUGCCGUUCUGUCACAAUUCUACGAGCUGAGAGACAGAGAGGAUUGGGGCCAAGCAUUACGUCUAUUGCUUUUGCUAAUUGAGUUUCCUUAUUUACCAAAGCAUUACUUGGUUUUACUUGUGGCGAAGUUCCUGUACCCAAUUUUCCUUUUAGAUGAUAAGAAGCCAAUGGAUGAAGAAUCAGUGGCGACAGUAAUUGAAGUUAUAGAAACUAAAUGGGAUGAAGCAGAUGAAAAAAGCUCAAACUUAUAUGAAACUAUCAUUGAAGCAGAUAAAAGUUUACCUAGUAGCACGGCGGGGCUUUUGAGAAAUUUAAGAAAGAAAUUAAACUUCAAAUUAUGUCAAGGCUUCAUGUAA